AUGUCGCUAGAUCACACCCACUACGACGUGGCAAUCUUCAGCACCGGCCUAACACAGAGCAUCCUUUCAGCGGCUCUCGCCUCGGCUGGUCUCUCCGUGAUCCACAUCGACAAGCACGAUUACUAUGCGGAUCAAUGGGCGAGUCUGACACUUUCCGAACUGCUCACAUGGUCGCAGAAUGUGCAGAAAGGCUCGGAGAACGGCUCCAGAUCGAUGGCGCGCAUUGAGGGCAUCGAUAUCAGCUUCCCUUCCUCGGGCAAGGCCGACGAACACGUACCAGAUGCGCCUUUGCACUUGCCCGAUCCGCUAGCAUCUCUCGACCGGCACUACGCAAUCUCGCUCGCUCCUACCUUGCUCCCCGCAACUGGGCCAUCGAUAGACUGCCUCAUCCGAUCCAAAGUCUCAUCCUAUGCCACCUUCCGCUUGCUAGAGCGCACCUGCGUCGCGUCGACCUCGACCACCGACGAGAGCAUGACCGUCUUGACAAGCGUCCCAGCGAGCAAAGAAGACAUCUUCAAGACCAAAACGCUCUCGCUCAUCGCCAAGCGCAAGCUCAUGAAGCUUCUCAUGUACAUCGGCGCCGAAGACUGGCAGUCGGAUCUUGCCCAGAACCCAGCGACGGCUCAAAGACCGUUUGUCGACUACCUGGCGGAGGUGCACAAGAUGUCGCCGGACCUUGUCGAUGCAGUCGCGUACGGCGUGUGUCUAUGCGCCACGCCGACCGAGACUACGGAGGCAGCCAUGGCGAGAGCAAAGAGUCAUAUGCAGAGUGUGGGAAGAUACGGCAACUCGGCGUACCUGGUAGGACAGUAUGGAGGGGCGGGAGAGCUUGCGCAGGGUUAUUGUCGCGCAUCGGCGGUGAAAGGAGGCAUGUUUAUUCUGGCGCACGAGAUCAAGUCGGCGAAGCGCGAUGGUGAAGGUGCCAAGUGGGAGAUUGGGAUUGAUGGGAUUGACAGCGGCGUGACAGCGGACUAUGUCGUGUCUAGCGAUGAGAUGCUGCAACAGCUCGGUAUCGCCGGGGAUCAUCCGCCAGCUUCCGAGGCAAAGCAGGUGGCUCUGUAUAGAGCGGUUCUGGUCCUCGACAAACCGAUCCACUUCUCCACACCGAACGGCAAAGAAGCACCGUCCGACGCUGGGCCGGAUGAUGCCCCUUCAUCCGACCUGCCGCCAGAGACUGGGCUCAUCGUGUUCCCUCCGGGCUCGAUCGGUAGCAACCCGAACACGGUGACCGUGCUCAUGAUGGGCGAAGGCACCUUUUCGUGUCCCAAGGGUCAAUACGUCUACUACGUUCAGACCGAAGCAGCCGACGACGAUCCACAAAGAUCAGCACAGGAAGCUCUUCGGCCUGUUAUCGAACGCGUGGUCACCUUGGCGAACCAAAAGCCAUCAUCCGAAACAUCAGUCGCAACGCAACCGCUCUUUCAGCUGACUUAUCGUCAACUCGUUCCUCAACCAGUAGCUGAUGCCCGCUCUUCAAAUCUAUCAAGCAUCCCAUUCCCGCCCCCUUCCCUCAACGACCACCGCCCCGUAACGUCGAUCUCUGGACUCACGGAUGCAGCGGUGCAUCUGGCCGAGAAAGUAUACUACGACAUUCUCGCAUCGCGAGCCGCUCCACCCGCGGAUCAGUGUGGCUCCACACACGCCGAGAAGCUGCAGUGGAUCCACCAGACGCUCGAAAGGCAGAGGCUCGAGCGCAGGCGACGAAAGCGGAGGGACCCAGCCGAGUAUCAGGGCAGAGGCGGGAGAGGCGUCGACGACGGCGUCACGCGAUCGCUUGAUGAGCAAGCGACGCAGGAUGGAGUGGAGUCGGGAGCGCAGCUUCAGGUGGUUGGGUUUUUCGAUUCGAGCGCAGACGCAGACGACAACGACGAAGAUGACGAGGACGACGGUGCGGAGGCGCAGUGA